AUGGAUCCUCAGCAGCCCGUUUUCAGCCUGAUGAAGCGGUUCUGUCCUUGUCUCAGUCUUCUACCGCUGCCAAGUCAGGACUGGAGCAAGAGUGACGAAAGGCUCCUGCAGGCUGUGGAACAGAACGAACCCGACAAAGUUUCUGCACUUAUUGUGAAAAAAGGUCUCUGUCCCACCAAGCUGGAUGCUGAGGGCAAGUCAGCUUUCCACCUCUGUGCAUCCAAAGGCCGCUUAGAUUGCCUGGAGGUGAUCAUCGUUCACGGCGCAGACCUCAGUGUCACUGAUGGGGCCGGCCUCAGCGCUCUUCACCUUGCUGCCAAAAAUGGCCAGUCAGAGUGUUUAAGGAGACUGUUGCAGGAAAGGUUGGCAGUAGAUUGUACAGACAGAAUUGGCAGGACUCCACUUCAUCAUGCAGCGAUCAGUGGCUGCUUGUUGUGCACGGAGACCUUGUGGGACUUCAAAGCCAACCUGGACAUCCAGGACAGUGAGGGGGUCACUCCGCUGAUCUUAGCGGCACAGAUGAGCAUGGUGGAGCUGUGCGUCUUUCUGUUGCGUCGAGGUGCCAAUGCAAACAUACAGGACAACCAAGGCAGGUCUGCUCUGAUGCUGGCCUGUGAGAGUGACAGCAUUGAGACUGUUGAGGCUUUCCUGAGACGGGGGGCCAACACACAGCUGGUUGACUCCCUCGGGCACAAAGCUGUUGACUACAGCCUAACCACAGGCAACCAACGCAUCAUCCAGAUGUUACAGGACGGAGUACCUCCAGCUCCUGAGGGCACAGGUGAAGAGCCCAUUCAAAUCCCCUCCGGCGCCUCAUCAGUGGAAGGGGGGACUACCCUCCGUAAGCGGAAAGCCCCUCCACCGCCACGCGCUCCACUCCAGAUCCAGGAUUUGCAACCUUCUGCUCAGUCUGCAGCUCCAGCUCCCCCUGCCCAGUCUCCUGUGCCCUCAAAGUCCAAGUCUCCCUCCCCCCUGCCACAAGAAAGCCAGCAACCAGUUCAGGCAGAGGACGAGGAGGUGUUUGAGGAGAUCCGACGGCUGCGCCUUGAGAGAGGCCGCCUCCUUCAGAAGAUCAAAGCCUUGGAGCAGCAGCAACAAAGCGCCCUCUCUGCGUUGGAGGAGCUGUCCCACUUAAAGCAGCGCCUGGCAGAAGCCGAGGCAGAGAGGGACAAGUUGCUCGAAGAGCUUAAGAGGAGCCAUGUCGUUGGGGCCAGUGACUCUGAGGACAUGGAUGAAAUGCUGGAUUUUCCAGAGAAACUGCUCUCUAAGCGCUCCAGAGCAUCCCCUGCUCAGGACGAGGCCACUUCCCAAGCAGACACGGACUCGGCCAGCCCCUCACCUGGUCUUGCAGACCCGGGAACAGUUGCUGAGCUGCGUAAGCAAAUAGAGGAACUAAUGUCACAGAACUCAGAGCUCGUUCUUAAAGUGCAGAUGCUGGAGAUGUUUGAGAAAGAUGACACCGACAUGCAGGCUCCAAGCCUGGACUCAGUCCCUAUGGCUCAGUACGAGACCCUGAGGAAGGAGUUUGAAACCCUCCAGGAACGCCUCUCACAGGCUCAGGCUUCUCUGGAGGUCUCCGGAGUGUCUGAGGAGCAUGAUGAGACAUCUCAGGAAGAAGACGCAGUUGUGGAAAGCACAGACGCUCUGAAAGAAAAGCUGCAUGAACUGGAGGAGCAGUUGGCCUCCUCCCAGUCUGAGCUAGAGGAGCUAAAGGAGCAGAUGCGCCUUGGAGUGCUUUCUGUGGAUUGCAUUGAAGAAAAUAUAGCCACAACAGUUGCUGGGGCUGCAGACGAUGAUGGCGCGAGCCAGGAGGCGCAGCAGCUGAAAGCCAGGGUGACAGAGUUAGAGGAGAGGCUUGCUGGGAGGCAGGGCGAGGCCGAGGGUCAGACCAGUGACACAGUCCAACAGCUGACAGAGCAAGUGAAGGAACUCCAGGCUGCUCUGACCCAGAAAGAGUCUGUGCUAAAGCAACAGAAAGGCAAAGGAGGAGAGACAGAAACUGUGACGUUGCUCCGUGACAAAGUUGCUGAACUGGAGGCAGUCCUGGCAGAGAGCAGGUCAUCAGGGAAAGAGGGAGAAACAGCUGGAAAUGGAGAUCAGGUUCUUCGGCUUCAGGAGCAUUUGGCUGAGCUGCAGGGAGAACUCAGGAAGUGUGUCCCCCGCUCCGAGCUGGAGGAGGUUCAGGUGACUCUCAGACUUCAGUGUGAGCAGCUAGCUAGGGAGAGAGCAGAUGUGGCAAGGAGACUCAACAACGCCCUUCUAGAGCUGGAGAGACUCAAACCUCCUGCAAGUGGAGAUGAUGACGAGGAGGAGGAGGAAGAGCAUUCAGAGAGCUCCGAGCCCUCUGUCAUGUCAGAACACUCCAGACAAGCAUUGGCAAAAGUUCGAGAAGAACUGGAGGUGGCCAGGCAGGAAGCAGCCCAGGCUCUGGACUAUCUGUGUGCGGAGCGGGAGGGCCGGGCACAGGAACUCCUGCAGCUGAAAGACGCUGUGCCACUAUCGAAACAUAAAGAGGCACUCUCUGCAAUAUCUGAGCAGUUAGCUCAGACGCUGCAGGAGCUCCAAGAGGAGAAAAUCUUACGGGCACAAGCUGAGGAAAGGGUUGCCAGUCUAGAAGCCAAAGUAUCGUCCACACAGGACUUCAUUUCUAAAGAGGAGCUUGAAAAGGUCAAAGAGGAGCUGCAGCGCGACCUGCAGGCCUGUGAGAGUAAGGCAGCAGCAGCGCAGGACGCUCUGAGCGACAAGGAGACGGAGCUGAGAGAGCUGAAGUCCCAGAAAGCUGCAGAACAAGGUCUGAUCUCGAAGGAGGAACACGAGGCCUUGCGGCUCUCUUUGCAGGCAGAGAUCAACGCCAGCACAGCACGCUUCAACGAUCUCACUCGGAAACAUGAGAAAACGUGCACUGAGGUAUUUCAGGUUCAGAGAGAGGCACUGUUCCAUAAAAGCGAGCGGCAGGCAGCAGAGUCCCAGCUGACCUCAGUGCAGCAACAUCUCUCUCAACUCCAGGCCCAGUCUAGUCACAUCCAGGAGCUCCACAAAGACAUCCAGGAUUCCCAGGGCCUCAUCAAAGAGAAGGACCGCAAGAUAACAGAGCUGUCCAAGGAAGUGUUUCGACUAAAAGAGGCGUUGGGAGCUCUGUCACCUCCUCUUGGGAUCACAUCUUCCUCUUCUAUCCAACAUUCUAACCCUGGACAGCAGAUGGCGCUGCAGAACAGGAUAUCUAUCCUCACUCAACAGCUGCAGGACUGGGAGAGGAAACACAAACAAGUUGUGGCUGUGUAUCGCUCUCAUUUACUGUCAGCUGUACAGGGUCACAUGGACGAAGAAGUGCAGCGUCUGCUACUUCAGAUCCUGAGGAUGACACAACAGGGCUACUGA